GCCGGCGGAGAGGUGGUUGGCAGGAGCGGCUCGGUGGUUCUCGAAAGGGAGUGGCGAAUUGAGGAAGGAUCGAGAGAUCGGAGAGAGGGAGCACGGAAUCUAAGGAGCCGAUCGAUUUCUUCACCGCGCAGGCAGCGAACGGUUGAAAUCUCCUCUAGAAACCCUAGCAGGAAUUGGAUUGGGAGCCAUGCAUAUUGAGGAGUUAGGGGAGGAGUGCGCGGUCGGAGGAGAUGGGGAAAGGUCCAUUUCAGGGACCGGUGGCGAAAGGGUUGUUUUUGUCGAUGUGAAGAGGGCGGCCGUGGGUGUCGGGGCUCGGAUUCUCUUUUACCCGACGCUGGUGUAUAAUGUUCUGCGCAAUAUGAUCGAACCCCAGUUCCAUUGGUGGGAUCAAAUCGACGAGUUUUUACUCUUAGGCGCUGUUCCAUUCCCUAGUGAUGUUCCUCGCUUGAAGAAACUUGGCGUUGGUGGUGUAAUUACAUUGAAUGAGCCGUAUGAGACACUGGUGCCUAAUUCCUUAUAUUAUGCCCACGGGAUUGAACAUUUGCUGAUACCGACAAGAGAUUACCUCUUUGCUCCAUCACUUGGAGAUAUAUGUCUAGCUGUGGACUUUAUCCAUAGAAACAGCAGCAAUGGGAAAAUAACAUAUGUUCACUGCAAAGCCGGCCGUGGGCGCAGCACAACCAUCGUUCUAUGCUAUUUGGUGCAACAUAAGCAAAUGACUCCAACUGCAGCAUACCAAUACGUCAAAACAAACAGGCCAAGAGUACAUUUAGCUUCUUCACAGUGGAAGGCUGUUCAAGACUUCUACCAUCUCAGAGUGCAAAAAAUGAAAAGGCUGGUCUACUCAAAACCGAUGCUCCUCGUCACCGAAAAGAAGCUACCCUUUGAUGAGAGCUCUUACGAGGUAGUGUCCCAGUCAGACCUUGAUGGAUACGACCGAUACAUCAAAACAUGCGACGCAGGCAAUACCGUAUGGGCAGAGCUGAGGUUUGUGUGCAGGGUGCAAAUUGCUCGGCAAGCAGCCAUCGCAAGGAUAUCAUAUUUCUGGUUCAAAAGCGAUGAUGCGCAGGGGGGCAGCUCUCGGACGGCCAUCCCCGUAUGCUGAAAACUGGAAACGAACCUUGCGACUCCUGAACCAAAUUUCGAUUUCGGGUGCUUCUUUUAUCUUAACACAUGUAACGUUGUUCCAGCAGAGUGUCUGUAUCGAUACCGCCAUCACCGAGUCAUGUCUACUGUGUCGUCAUGUUUUUUGCCUGGCUGGGCAAGAACCCGGCGCCAAGAUGAGUCAGUUUGUUGUAUGCACCAUGUUGUAAUGAGCCAUGUCAAAUGUAAAUAUAACUCAAAACUUGUCUGUCAAAAUCGGUUUGAAAUCA